AUCCCUCCUGGAGUACAAGAGAGGAAGCGGACGUACCCAGAGUAACACGGAGCUAACGAGUCCAUCUGGGACAGCACAAACGUACACAAACAAGAAUCACAGCUUUAUUUGCCUGAUAUCUCGGACAACUUGUCAGUUUGGUGAGCCACGUCGUUUUUACACCUUUAUGCCUGGUCAGGGGUGCAGGCUGCUGCUAUGUUAGACGGGCCGGCCGGAUUUGGAGGCUCUUCCUUCCUCCAGGUUGAAGAUGUCGAUGAGACUCGCUAGAGACUUCUGAGCUCCUCUCAGCACCUUCACAAGUCUGCUGUGGUGGGUCACUCGGCUCGGGGUAAGUUUUCUUCCUCACACCCUGAAGACAGUGACAGCGGUGCAGAGUUAAAAACAGUAGCAAUGUCCUUAAGCUGAGUGAACUUUCCUGUUUGACAGAUUCCUACAGGCCAGAGCAGCAGACACUGAUUGAAGGAGAUGAUGCUCCUGUGUAUGUAUGUGUGUGUGUGUGUGUGUGUGUGUGUGUGUGUGUGUGUGUGUGUGUGUGUGUGUGUGUGUGUGUGUCAGCUCACGGUGAUAUACAGUUAAAUCUAACAUGAUAACGCAAACAGGAUUGAUAGAAUAGAAAUGAAUUCAUGUGAUGUUUGCAGGCGGUGGUUGCUGGUCUUGAAAACCAUGUGCAGAAGGAAAAAUACAAGUUGUACUGUUGGACUAGCGCAGCCAAACUGGGGCACCGACUUUUGGGGUGGCCAGGCGUGGUAAACAGUAGGAGUUUUUACUAAAUCCAGGAGGUUUGCAUUAACAGUGUCUUUUUUCCUCGUGGCAGUUAUGGUUAUGUCCUUGUAGUGUAGCUUCAAAUUAGGGCUGGGCGAUAUGGGAAAUAAAAUAUCACAAUAUAUAUUUUUUUCAUAUCAGUCAAUAUUGAUAUAUAUCAUGAUACAAAAAAUGAAAUUCAACAGUGCUUAUUGGUAGCAUGUCUUUUGCAGUACAAUAAGCUACUGCAUCUGUUAAGUCUUUUUGUCUCUUUGACGUUUUGUCAUAAGGCGUUGUGCCAGAGAAAGCAGACUGAAUGAUCAGUCGUUUCGGUUGCACAGGCGCCAUGGGCUCCUUGCUCAGUUUGAGGUUUGUAACCUUUUGCAUUGCGCGUGCUCUUCCACGUGGCACUGCUACAAGUGGUAAAAAAGAUUUGAGGUAUUCCCCGACUUUGCAAGGCCAUGUACUCAACAUAAUUUGCAGUGCACAUUACUCUGCUUCGUGUCUGACCUCAAAAAACAAAAUACCUCCACACCACCGGCAUUUUUGUGCCAGUGUUGUCGACAAUGUCAUCAUCUGUUGAGCCUUCAUCUGCAUUUCUGCCGGGGCUAGCACUCAUUUUCUUUUUUUCUCACCGUUUUCUCACUGUCUCACAGUGCUGUCGGCUUCACGUGUUAAAGUGCUAUGGUUGCAUGUAGCUGUAGCCUGCUAUUGUGCAGUUGUUUGCUAUUUGGUUCUAAUUCAGCACAUGAUUGGUUCAGUGCGAAGCGAACCCAGAACAACUCCCCUUUUCAUUGGCCAUUCGUAUAGUCUACCAAAAUAUGUCAGAAUGCUGACCAUCGAAAAGGAUAUUGACCAUGUUUUAUAUUGAUAUCGAGGGAAAUUAAUUUUCAAUAUAUAUUGUUGUUGUUUUAACGCCCAGCCCUACUUCAAAUAUUUUAACAAGUUGGACAUGUUGCUAGCAAAGUACCUGGCUGCUACUGAAUAGUAUCAACAAACUGCUUUCGUUUGGAUUUGUCCAUGGUUAUAUUUCACAGGGAGAUCUUAGUGUUACCACACAGGAGACCUGAAUGGGGGAUCUUUUAGUUCUUGCUUGUUGCGUGUUGUGCCAGCUGCCAUGACAGUAAAAUCAUGGUCUGUAUAUGGUCUGUACUGUUCCAUCUCCUGGCAGAGUGGGAACUUGGAUUUUAUGUCCUUUUUGUUCUGCACAUAUUCAGUUGGGAACAGAUGUGCACCAUACUGGAAGUCCUCUACCAGAAUGAGUCAGUACGAAUACAUGUACCUGAGUCUGUACCGGUACACAUACGUUGUACAUGUGUUUAAAAAAUGAUUACCAUUUAUCAAAUAACUACCCCCAUUUCAGAGUUAUCAUUUUUGUCACUACAGAAGUGCGUCACUGUGACCAUAGACUGUACACUAAGGCUCUGAAAAACAUCUGUUGGGGCUGUUUGGAAGCAGAAGGGUUAAGUUGAUUCUUUCAGAGCCAAAUGAUCUGAAUCAUUAAAAAGGGCCUGAAUUCCCAUCACCAUCUGCAUGUAUGCUGAGCAAUGAUUCUAACCCAGCCCUUACUGAUCAUGGACAUCUUGAGCAAGAUUAUACACCCUUUGCAGAUUUGAAGUAAUCCAUGGAUCUUUAUGGGUUUUAUGUGUUUGAAUUAAUGUUUUAUUGGUCUUGGAGCAAGUGGUCAUGAACAUCAGUUGGCCAUCCCCUGUUUCUGCAGCUGUUAGUCAGGAAAAAUGUAGACAGUCAAUAACAGAAUGGAAGUCACUCUUUUAAAGUCAAAAUUAAAUUGAACUGUUAUCACUUUUAUGAAAGCUAACCAGAUAAUAUUCCAGUCAAAUACACUCUAUUAAAAGGGAUUCAAAUACGCUUGACCAGGUAACACUACUCCUUGUGUUACAAUUAGGGGAAACAUGUCCAGAUGGCACUCUAAACAGUUUUCUCUUUGACUCUCUGUCUCAUAACUUUAUGACUUCUGUUAAUGUUGUUUUUGUUAUUGUUUUACUUUCCAUAGCUAGACUAUUAGCCAGCUCAAAUUCAGCCGGGUGAGAUGGUCUGGUGACUCCAGGCUCGGGCAUUGUAUUGUAUCAGUAUCAUAUAGUAAUAGGGGUUACCCUGCAGUUCCCUAUCCCAGUAGUCACAAAAAUGUACUGAAAGCUUUUCUUUUUUAUUGCUAAAAUAAACUGCAGUUGUUACAAUGUUCAUAAAUUCACCUGUAAAAAUAACCAUUGGACUGCAAAACAAAACAAAAAAAAAAAAAUUCAUUGUCAGAAGUCAACAUCCGCCUUUUAAAAACUGCACCAUCUGGUUCAAGCUUUGGAGAGUGUUGCUCUAGUGCUGGGUGUGUCCAGUAAAUGUUAUGGGUAUAAUUAAAAAAUUUGACCGGCUCAUUAGAAAAGAAAGAGACACAUUCCACUUGUACUCACAUGAACUUUAAAGUCUUUUUGUGUUCAUGUUGUAAAAAUACAGACAGGUGAGAUUUAACAAAGCCUAAAGUAUCUCAGCCAACACUUGUCAAAAGACAGACAGACAAAAGACAGACAUGCAAACAGUCGCUUAUCAGAGAAUCUAGGCAGCUGUAGCCAUUGAACUGUAAGGUUCAAAAUGAUUUGACAAUCACAAAGAGAUAUGAAAUCAAUAAACAAAAUACACUUAAAUGUGCACAGUAGCUACAACAUUAUAAUUGAGCAUAAGGCUUUCUUUUUCAGCUCAGUUAAUUAAGAGCUGCAGCUUAUCAUUUUAAUUUUAUUUUAAGUUUCAAAUGAUGUGACAAAUAACAAACUCAUUUUUUUAAUUUUUAAUUUUUUAUGACGUAGUUAAACAAUCAGCUUUUCUGGGCUCAUUUGAAUUGUUGAAACCUCAGUGUAGCUCAAAACAAAACAUUUUCAUAUCUGAUACAUUGCCCAUGGUAUCAGUAAUAUCAUGAAAUAGCAUACUUUCAAUAAUUGAUGAGCCGUAGUCUCACAAUAACACAGCAUGAUAUGUGAUAAACCAAAGAGUGCAAAAUACCCCCAAAAGGCGAAGUGCAGGAUUAAUGUAGUAAAUGUCAAUUGAUGUCAUUUAAAUUUGUUCUGUCUUCUUUUUCUCUCUGAACAGGAAUGGCGAUGCACAGCACUGCAUUGUCCCAGGACCCCUCCCAUGGUGCAGGGGAAGGGGCUGAGCUGGUGCACUCGUUAUCUAAAGAGACCCCUGGGUCUCCAGAUGCCUCAGAGUUGGGGAGCCCACGUUGCACACCUCACUUUGACCUCCUCAAUAUGGCUGUGUCCUAUAAGAGAAUGGCUCUGUUUCUUGAACCCAUCACAGAUGCAGUGGAGCUGAUACGCUUCCUGCUUGGGUGUGUAUUUGUGUUUGUCUGUGGCUUGUUUUAAGUAUCAUAUGAUAUCAUUGCAUCAAUUGAUGAGUAGAGAAGCGAAGGCCAAAUGCUCCUGAAUGCUAUUUGCUUUUUAAUACCUCAGGUGGAAGAUGCCCGUGUGCUCUCUGCUCGUCUGUGUAUUCCUCAAUGUCUUCUUCUGCACUGUUACUGAAGGUAACAUGAAGCAUCAGCACCCAUGUUAAUUCAGCUUUUGUUGGAGUUUUUAGAAACACUUGAAUAAUUCAUCAUCUUGUUGCUGUGUCUGCCUCUCUUGCUUCAGUGGGUUGGUUUACAGUGGGUGUGGUAGCACUGUCAGUACCUGCUGCCCUGGGUUACCUGCAGGACAGGUGUGGGGGCAGAGCCUCAGAAGCUGAGCUCCAGAAAAGACGCUUUCACGCGGUGCACCGCAGAGACCUGCAGACUGUGCACCUCACCAAACAGGAGGCCAUGAUGGAAGUUAAAGACCUGUAAGAUUACCAGGCUUGUGUGCUGCAGGGCUGGAACUGAAUUAAGAUUGAUUUUUUCUACAUUUCUCAUUAUCAGUGUUUAAUAUUGCUGAUUAAAAUGUGAUGGCACAGCAAGUUACAGAAGCAUUCAAAUAGUGACCAAAGCAACAGGAACACUGAUCGUUCAUUACGUUAACUUCAGAAUAUUGUUGAAUCUUGCCUUUGUCUUUCACCCAGCUUUAGGCAUUAUCCUGUCUUAAAUAAAGGUAAAGUUCAACUAUUAAAAGCAGGUAUGAUAAAUUCUUCCAAAUGCUGUGAUUGGUUGAUCCAGAAAAAAAACAAAAGCUCUCUUGAUAACAGGCACAGAGAACUGAUGGAAUCAAUUAGCCUGAUCAUAGAAUCUGUUCAGAUAUUGAUUUUUAAUUUGUUCAGGUUAAUCUAAUCUUUUAGUUUGAAGUUAUUCUUUGAUACUACAAAGUAUACAAAAGAUUUCAAAGUACAUGCAUUUUGUACUCCGCACUGUACUCUCUUCACAUGUUGAUCAGCAGUUUUCCCUCAUAUAAGUCUUACUGCACUGGAGUAGGCAGAUUGUUUUCACAUUUUUUAACUGUGUAAGAUUAAAAUGUGAGAUUGAUGAACUAAUGUGUGAUCUGAAGAAAAUCACAAGAGCAACUGCUGCAUUUUCUCAACUUACUAAUUACAUACCCAUCACUUUAUUUCCUGGAGAUAUUGCGUUGCUUGGUGCCUUGUAGACAUGAUCGCCACACAAUUCCAAUGUAAAUCAUCAAAUUUACUCCCUGUUAUUCAAAUUUUGGGUUUAUUGUGUCAAUUUUCUCCUCUUGAGAAUCUCUUGAGCCUCUUAAAAGACCUCUUCCUCACUCAACUCCAUAUUUUGCCACCUCAGGAGCUCUAUUGAAGGCUACUAGGCUUUGUGAACAGCUUUUGAUCUAGUCUUAAAUUUGAGGGAAAUUUUUAUCGGAAAAACAACCACAGAGUAUUAGUGCUCUUUUUAUAUAAGCCCACAGAUUUUCCACAAAAGUCCGCUCAGCCCAAGAAAUGCUUUGAACUUGGUUGUUGUUAUUGUGUGUUCCUUCAAGACUUUACCUAUGUUCAAAACACUGCAAACCAUCAGGCCGUUUCUGCUGAUUCAGCACUGUGAUGACUUUGCAUAUUAAGUUCAUCAAAGUUCGUCAAGGUUGUCAGAUAUAAAUUUCAUCAUAGUUUUCCAUUGAUCUUGAACCAUAGCGGCAAUUUAUGAGCGUGUAGGUUUCUUUUUCUGUAUUUAUGUUAGAGUAUACAAAACAAUGUCAGUUAACAUGAAGUCCUGAACUGUUACAAAAUCUGGUCCGGCAUUUCUAUGCAUUUAAAUUUUCACCAAAACUACAUUUAGUGAAUCCUCGAGGUCUGUCUUUAUUUUAUUCCUAACUUUAGGUUAUGUUUGCAAAAAAUAAUUAAACCUGCAAACUCAACCUUGUGCUUGUGGAAUACUAUUAACAGGAUAGAUAAAAAAAAAAAUAAAGCUUAUUUUCUACCUUUUGACAAAUAAUUUUAUAUUGAAUUCAAUGUUGUACCAGUAAAACAAGAAUUCCUUCUCUGAUAGUACCAAUUAGUUUUUUCUUUCUUGGAACAGGAUGAGAAAACAAAGGCUUGUACCCACUUGUCAUAUGCUUUUGUGUGACAUUUGUACACAGUAUGUGUUUGUGUGUGGGUUGGAGUGUGUCUUUGUUCUUACGCUGUUUGUAUUUGUGGGUGUGCUUCUGUUUCUUUGGCAGGUUGAAGCACCUAGAUGACAUGCUGUCAUCUGCUUGCUUGUCAGCUGAAGCUAUUUACAAAGUCCUAUACUGGGAUAAUCACACCAAGUCAUCAAGGUGUGCACACACACACACACACACACACACACCCUCACAAUGUCAUCUCAUGUAAAAGCAUUGUUACAGUAGGCUCUAACUGGCUCUUGUAUUACCUCCCCUCAGGUUCUAUGGUGGAACGUUAAUACUGGUCUGUCUUCUUUAUGUUGCUCCUGUGGGCUGGGUGCUCGCCCUGCUCAACAGCACCAUUUUCCUGUGGAAUAGAGACUUCUUUAGAGGUGAGUUGAACCUGUCCACAAUAAGCAAAUGCAAACUCCUAUCCAAAAUGAUAAGGUAAAAGUCAUUUUUGUCCCCCCUGUUUUUCCAGUUUUGUUGGACCUUCGUAAGCUGACCUACAUGGGCCAGGAUGAGGCCUUAGAAGGGGUAGUGGAAGAACAGGAAAUGGGCAACUUGUUGGACAGGACGCCCACACCAACCAGUCUGGAGGUGAGGGGACAGAGCCUGGUGGAGAAAAGAGAUGUGUGUGUGUAAAUGCUGAGGGAUUGAAUAUGUGUUUAAUAUACAUUAAAACCAACCAUGGCUGUCUAAGCACCUUAUCCAGCUUAUCCUAUAAUCUCAAUGUUUUUAUCCAGCACUAGCAAUGCAAAUCCAUGCAGAGAUUUGACCCAUGCAUAGAUGGCGUUACACUUCUCUGUUUAGAUUUGAGUCAUAUGCUAUGGCAUCACAUGGGUUUAGUUUGCAACUUGUAUUUCUUUUAAGACCCUGAAUAACAUUUUUUCCAUUCGCUCUACUUGUUUGAUUUUGGUGAGCACUUUGCAAUGUGAGUCUAGAAGAGUCUCACAAUUUACAGCCCAGUAUUCAUAAACUUUGUCUUUCUGUAUAUAAAACAGACUUUUUCCCUCUCAGGGUUUAAUAAUUACAUUGUCUGCUUUUUCAAAAAUCUAUUUAUUUACAACAGAUUGUGCCACUAAUCUGUAAAACACAUAUAUUGUUUUACUGUCUCCCCUUUCUUCUCACUUUUUUAAUGGCUGAAGAUUGCCACUGAUACUGUCCCAUUAAUAUUAUGAUCUCAUCCUUUACUCCCCCCAUCCCCUGCCAUGCACUGAGAUCUGCUUCCCCCUUUCCCAUACACGCUGAGAGACUAUCCAUACAACCCCCCACCCCACCACCACCACCACCACCACCACCCAACUAAGAAUCAUGCAGGUCACUCCUCUCCUAUAUGGACAUUUACGUACACACCUUAUCUCUCCAAAUUCUGAUUUAAAUUCAAAAUUCAACUUUAUUUAUAUGGCACUUUAAAUACAAAAGAUUGCAAUUCAAAGUGCCUCACAGAGGUUAAAAACAACAACAACUACAGUAAAAACCCAACCCUCCCACCCACACACACACCCAUGAACCCACACGCUCUUAUCCACACAUACACACACACACAAAACCGCACACAAUGUGAGAAUUUAAGAUAUAAUGUUAGAGAGACAUGGCCUGACACCGAGACAUUACGCGAGGAAAGAGCUACCUCUGGGAAACACUGGAGAUAAAAAUAGUAAAAAGUAAAAGUAAAAGCUCUUUACCAUAUAAAAAAGGGGUAAAAGAAGUAAAAACCUGUGAUGGAAAUUAAGAAAAAGACUAAGAACAGAGAUAAUUAAUAGAAUAACAUAAAAUAAACAUUAAGAACUUUGGUUAAAAUGAACAUUUGCAAUGAGAGAAAUCCAAAAUGGAAAUUAGUAAAAAGCCUGGUUUAAAAACAUCAACAGUCUCUGCGACCCUGAGGCUCUCCGGCAGGCUGUUCCACAACCAGGGACCAUAAAAACUGAAAGCCGCCUCCCCGUGUGUUUUUGUUUUGACUUUAGGUAAGGUUAAAAGGCCUGUGCCGGAGGACCUCAGGGUCUGCGAGGGUUGAUAUGGUAAAAGUAAGUCAGACAAAUAGGAGGGGCCAAGACCAUUAAUACAUCUAAAAAUUUACAAAAGAACCUUAAACUCAAUUCUGAAGCAGACGGGGAACCAAUGCAGUGAUGCUAAAACUGGCGUUAUAUGCUCUCGCCCUCUGGCCCUUGUCAGCACUCUUGCAGCUGAAUUCUGUAAUAGCUCAAGUGUAUGUAAGUUCUUCUUGGGGAGGCCAGAGAGCAGGGCAUUACAGUAAUCUAAACGAGAGGAGAUAAAUUGUACAAAGUUUCUUUCCUUUUCUUCACCCUUUUAUUUUAUUAUUGUUUUAGUAUUGUUUUAGUAUGCUUAUUUGUUUACAAUUUAUUUAAACUGUAAAAACUGGAUGGCUGAGAAAAAUAGUACUGCCUUAAUGUUUGGGACAUGUACUGCCAUUCCUAAAUUAAAAAAGACCAAAAAAACAUAUUUUACUCACCACCACCAGGGGCAUGAAAGAUUAAGUGCCACAGGAAACAAAGUUGCUUAAAAAUUGCACAAGUUAAGUAAAAAUGGAGGCAUAGUUCUAACACUGAUCUGAAGAAAACAUUCAGCAAUAAUGCAGCAGAAAUGUUAAACAACUGUCAAAAAGUCAAUAAAUAUGAUGGCACGUGGUGUACUGUCCAGCGAUGGCGAGCCCAGAAAGAUCAUCUCAAAAUAUGCAUUAGAAAAGGGGAUGUUAUUAAAUUCAUUUAUUUUUAUUUAAUCAGAUAAAAUCCACUGAGAUCAGGAUCUCUUUCAUAAGGGUGACCUGGCCAAGAGGUCAGCAGCACGUUACAUAGCAGUGACAGCAAAAAUUAAUACAUACAGUUUGAGAGAUGCAGUUUUGUUUUCAAUAGGAAGUGUUGGAGCUAUAAAACAACAGCAAACAACAAUUGAAGAUUUAAAACACAGGGACUCUUCAAUGGUUUCACAAGAAUCCAAGCUUCACCUGAAGUUUAGUGACCAGAUUUUUUAAAUUAAAGCUCCUGAUCUAGGAUUAAACCCAAACACUUGUAAUUUAAAACCUUCUCUAUCGGUUUUCCUUUAGAUGUUGUAAUAGAGUAUUUGUAAUGUUCUGUGGUAACACCUUUUUAUGAGAGAAAACAAAUAUGCUGACCUGUCAUCCAAUUGAUAACCAAAGAAUUAUUCUUAAAUCCAGAUUUGCCCCCAAACUCUGCUUUGUAUGGUAAUGUAAGCUUUUGUUUGUGUCUGUUUGAUGGCAGGACCUUUCUCCUGGCAGUGUGGAAGAAGCUGAGGAGGCAGAGCCCGAUGAUGAAUUUAAAGAUGCCAUUGAGGUAAAUCCUGGACUACACUUCAUUCUAUACCCUUCUAACACCUUUCUCCAUGUGGAUGUUGGUUUACCUUUAUAGUUCUAUUCACAUUUUUUUCUUCUUUUCUGUCAACGUUUACUUUUUCUCUCAAAGCAGCAGAUCAAACAGCAGAAUAAGAUUCAAGAAGCACACGAUUUUUGUUGGAAACUUAAAGUAAACUGACUGUAUCAGGGUUGAAUGUGGAGCAAAAUACCAAAAAUGAGGAGGAUUGUAAUGGGGAAUUUCGCUUGUUAGAACAACAACUGUUGUGUCCCGGUGUGAGAUAAACUCCCCUCUCAUGAUACCUUACCUCCUCUUUUUUUCUGCUCCCCUCUGAACUUAGGAGCAUUCAUUGUCCUUGCAGGUGAGUGUCGUCCCCUUUGUUAGAAUAGACAAGCGCUCUGCUCCCUACUAAACUAGCUCUGUAGAACUACCCACCACAUGAACAAUGACUUCAUAUACGAUCAUCUGUCAAUCUUGUAGUGUAGUUCUAUCUUUGCCCUGUAAAGCAUGGUUUGGGUGCAAUCCUGUGUACACUUUGACUUUCGUGUAACAUUGUUUUUAUGUGUCGUUCUGCCUCCUGGUUAGGAAACCCCUUUGGUCUUAGUGGUAAGUGGAUUUCAUCCAUGCAUCCAUCCAACCAUCUGAUCAUUAGUUUGUUGACUUAGCACAAGUUAGACAGUAAUAAUAGUUAUCUGAUCAUCCAGAGUGCUCAUUCAUCUCUAGUUUGCAUUCCUGGCAUUGUCAUAUGACAUUGUUUAUGAAACAUUGCAUGAGAAAAAUCAGUUUUUCUUUCCUCCGACUACCUCAGAUGUUCGACAAUAAGUAUUUCACAAAAAAAUCACGAUCUUUAUUGUUUAUGCAUUUCUAGCAAAAUUGAGUGUGUUUAAAAUUUCUGAUUAGAUCUUUAUUUGCUCCUCAGACAUGUCGCUGUGAUUUUACAUAGAAUUUUUCUGUUCUUGUACACACACUGAGCAGAAAUAAUUUGUCCUAGACAGAAAAGUGAGCACUGCAUGCACUAGGAGUUCAGCAGCAUGAGCAGUUGUUGAUGGUGUGCCACUAGGGGGCCAGUUGUCUUGGUUGAGGACAUUUUCUGCCAUAAACUCACAUCAAUUUUGACUUAAAUGACAACAUGUGCACAAUGCAGAGAUGCAAAUGCAGGAGUGUACACACAGUUAUCUUGUUUGUGUGUUGUGUAUCAAAUGUUUUUUUUGGUGCUUGCCUGUUUAUCUAGGAAGUUUCCUAUUAUGCACUGUGGGAUUAAAUGGCAUACCACUAAAAAGAUUAGUAUACCAGCUAAGCAAUCAGCACAUGCUGCUGGCCAAUAGUGGCAAACCAUUGGCUGUUGCAGUCUAUAAAGACUUUGUGUCUUUGAUUGAAAUGGGGAGUUCUUAAAUAGUUUAAUAGCUUUUAAAUAGUUGUUUCAUAUAUAUGCAUACUUUUAAAUGUAUUUAGUCAGUAAAAGUGUUUUUAUUUAUAGUUACUUGUACCAGCUCUUCAGGGGUUGUCAGUUUGAUUUCUUGCCAUCAUCCUGCUUCAUUUAUGUGUCAAAUAUCUUUCAGUUCAUGUGGCUGAAAUCAUCACAGUGAAUGUGAUUGUUUACCCUGCUGCUGUGUUUGGCUGUAUUUCUUGGUCAAGUUUCAAUACUUUUUAAAACCAGCUCAUAUUAUUAACUUUGUCUCCCUCCUUUUCCGGUCUCUCUCUUUCUCUCUCUCAGGAGGAUGACGACGGGCCUCUUGGUGCACCAGAGUAUGACACCAUCUCUGAAAAUGGUCUCUUGAGUCGCAACGAGCCAAUACGAGCCAAGGUGUCCAAACUGACAGAGAAAUUGCGGAAACGCUACCCAACCACCAGCACAGGUCAGUGUGCUCUGAGUCAUCUGGCUGUUUAUUCCCUCUUAUUUAACUACCUAAAAUAAGAAUUUUUCUGAGCUUGGUGUCAUAUCCCAGCCCUGCACAGAUGCAUUUCAUGAUAUCUUUGUGUUUUUCUCUAGGAAACUGUUCGAGCUGUAAUGCCAUGUUUUCAGUGCUGAAGAAAAGGGUGAGACUAAAAACUUGUCAGGAGAGUCGGGAUAUAUUUAGGCAGCGCGUCAUCAUUGUAUUUAAUUUUAUCCCAGUGUUAGCUUGGCCUGUGCUUAAACACUGUCUCUCUCUGCUUUACAGAGGAGCUGCAGUAACUGUGGCAACAGCUUCUGCUCCAGAUGCUGCUCCUACAAGGUGCUGAGAUCUUGCAUGGGGGCCACAGGUGAGAGUGCAGAGAUUGAAAAAUAAAAUGCUCAAAUGUUUUUUUCUAAAGACAGGUUGAUGUUAACAGUUUCAUCUUGUGACACUGUGAUAUCCUGACUUUCCUCUUCCUUUGAAAUGAUCUGAUUCUCUCAUCCUCUGUUUAUUCUUCAGCUCCAGAGGCUCAGAGAGAGACUGUGUUUGUUUGUGCUGCCUGUAAUUCCUCUCUCAGCAAGUAACAAUACGCUGGCAUGUCUCCAGCUGGAGAUCAUACACUGUUUGCCCCCAAGGCCUACUCCUAGUCACUGAAACCCUCACAUGCCUUUGUUAUGGAGCUGAGGCACUUCUACCUGUCAAUAUACCUCCUACGUUGAACUUCAGCCCCUCCUACCCACCUGCAUUCACCUUACUUUAACCGGUUGCAUCAGUCCUCUGAGCUGCUUAUGUUACCUGUCAGAUUUCUACUGUAAAAAGUCAAAGAUGUCCUCUCUCAUCUCUUGAAAUGGAGAACUGGACCUUAUGAGUCAAUGAGACAUUUUGCAGAGCACCAUGGCUCCAGAAUCAAAGGAGUUUUUCUCUUUGCUGAGCAGAGAGAAUUGCAAAGCAUGCCGGUUGGAGGCUAGAACUAAGGUGGUGGUGUCAGUUAUUGCAAAUAAGGUUAUUGGCUAUCAGCCUUUUUCCUUUUUCAUGCUUAGCCAUGCCACAAAAUUGAUCCCACUUGAAUGUUGAUAUCUUCAGCCCUGUGUAGCAGAUGAACUGUACUGUAACGAUGAGAGGACUUUCUGUGCAGACAACACUGUAUACUCUUCGUGUGGCACUCCAGGCAAAGGCUGGCAGGCUUGUUGUGAAGAAAAAUAAUUCUGGAUGUGCAACCAAAAGAGACUAUAUAUAUAUAUGUGUGACCUAGCACCAUACUGUUCAUGGGCCAUCAGCCAAACUUUUCAGAGUUUUAGUCAGGUCUGUUUACCAGCCAUCACUACAGUUACACCUUCAGCUCAUCAGCAGUAUCAUGAAAGUAGGUCUAAGUUUGUCUGCAGCUUUAGGGGCAAUGUUUUACUUCAAUUUCUGUCUCAGCUGAUGUCUGCUGCCACUGCACUCGAAAUGCUCCUCUUAUUACUGUGCACAUUAUUUACCAGAUCUCAAGUUGGUAUGUAAAGGGGCAUUUGCUCAGAGAGCUACAUUCAAGAGCACAAGGCAGUUUGAAUAAAACACCUACUUGAGGUUUGUUUCUUAGCUGGUGUUUCUUCCAGCUAGAGGAGCUUAAAAGACAUGAAGGGAAUGGAGAUAAAAGUUAUGAUGAUUCUAUUGUAGUAAAGUGAAAAUGAAUCACGCUGCAUUUUUGUCAUGUUGCCUGAAAUUGUUUGAUGAGAAUACAAUGAACAAGAAUGUGUUUCAUGGGCUAACCUGGUCUCCUUUUGCUGAUCAAAUUUGUGCUUCAUUUCGGGUGUAAUGUUUCCAUUGAUGACAGGUGGGACUAUUGAGUAUUGAUGCAGAAUAUACGUGAUGAACGGCUGCAUUAACCCCCUGUAUCUCCUUUGUUUUCUACUAUCAAAGUCAACUUAACUGGACUAAUUUUUUUAAAUGGACUGAUUAGCCAGCUCAAGUUGUCUUCAGGGCCUCACAAUCUUACAAGCAGGACUUAUGAGAAUUGAUGUGGAGGCAUUGCAAUCUAUGAUGUUGGUCUUGGUGGUUAAAUUGUUUUAAUCAUGAUUCAGACACAGAUGAUUGUAACUGUUUGCUUUGCUUUUAUUGUAAUCAUGUGUAAACUGUAACCAUAAAAUAAUCUACUAUAUCUUAUAUAUAUUUAAUUUAAAACUCCAGAAGUGCUAAUUAUUACCGGACCCUUUCCACUCUGUAUACAUUGCCCUUAUUUUAUGGAUGAAAAAUGCAAUUAUUGAAAUAAACUGUCAUUGUUUGAUUUCCUUAAA